AUGUACUUACAACCAGACGCGGGGUCGCAAGAACGGCUACGCGAGCUUACAAAUACCUUACGCAAGGCCUUUAACAGGCCCAUAGACGCUAUAUUUCAGUCACAUAUGACCAUUGCUCAAAGCGAGGACACCGAAUCUGACUCGCAUAAGUUUCUCUUCAAUAAAGUGGCCCUCAUGGCGCCGCUCUCGUGGACUUCAUGUACUCUGGCAGUAAUGGUUAGAGACGCACAACCCGAAGCGGAUGGCACAAAGCGAAUGAGGGCCUACAAAUCAAUUGACCUGUCAAAUGGCCAAGUAUCCCUAUUAAAUUUGGCGCUGGACCCCAUUCUUUACGCUCCAAAGGGGGAUCAGCUCGCGCCAUACACACCACUCGCUCAACCGUCGUACCGUUUUGACACAUCUCUGAACAAAUGGACCCUAUCAAAUACUGAAAAUGCUCUAUCCAAAUCGGAAAGUAUCGACCAUCUUAUUAUCGCCUCUUACAACGUCUUGGCCGAAUUCCAAUGGCCUCCAAACUGCUCACGAUACGGUUCUCUGGUGCAAAAUAUUCUUUCAAAACGAGGUACUGCUGAUAUCUUAGUGCUUCAAGAGGUAUCUGACAGUUUCCUUCCCCAUUUGCUCAACAACACUGAAAUUCAAUCUCGUUACCCAUAUUCUUCCAAUGCACCAGCAGCCGACGGUGUUGGACCACUACCCAGUCUUGUUAAUAUUGUCAUUCUCAGCCGUUUCCCAUUGUCUUGGGAGUACCUCCCUCUUUCCAAAAAGCAUAAGAGUGUCUCUGUUGCUACAUUCCCAACAGUUUUGCUCCGCACACCACAGGGGGAAGAGCGCCAACUUGUUGUGGUUGGUUGUCAUUUGAGCCAAGGUCUAACAGAUGGUGCUGUUACGACGAAGAAGCUUGAACUGCUACGGAUCCUCAAUUACCUGAGAGAAUUCCACACUCAAGAUCCAUGCGUCAUUGCAGGCGACUUCAAUAUCACAACAUCAUCUUAUGCGAUUGAACAAGCAAUCCGUCGAGAUGUUCUCUCUAAGAAUGGCGAGCAAUGCCUCCAAAGCAUAGAACAGCUUUUCUCUACCUACGGAUUUCGGGAUGCAUGGUUAGGUACACGUUUGGAGACAGGCGAAUCAUCCACUGGCGCUUCUUCAGGAAAGCUCAUUACCGAACUGUUUGAGGGUGAACAAGGUGCAACCUUUGAUCCAAUGACAAAUAGCCAAGCUUCGAAAAUGGUUGGCAGCGGCUUUAACGUUCGCCCUCAACGCUAUGAUCGCAUCUUUUCGAAUAACUGGUUCCCAUUUAGACCAGCCGGGUUUAACAUAUUUGGUCAAGAUGCCGCCAUGAUAGGAGAAGGAAUGUCAGCUGAGGUUGCUAGUGACCACUGGGGAAUCCGUUGUCUCUUCAAAAGCACUGACAUUGAUACCACCCCUCAGUCAAACUUACUGAAACCAGUUACCCUAUCGAAAGCACCUACGUCUCUUGGAGAUAUGGAAGAGAUUAAGAACACGCUACAUGCAGGAGGCUUCAUACCAUCAAGUGAAGAUCGAAUCAAAAGAGAAGAAGCUAUCGCUUUACUUCAAAAGGUUCUUCUUCAAAACGAAACGGCAUCUCCUCCACACGACGCUCAUCACAGCUUGCAACUUGUUUUGAUCCCAGUGGGGUCGUUUGGAUUGGGAGUUUGGAUGGCCGAAUCUGAUGUCGAUUGUCUUUGUGUUGGAAAUAUUAGCUCUAAGCUCUUCUUCACUAUGGCAACUCAACGCCUUCGCAAAUCAAGCGAUAGUGGAAUUACACUCCUCCGCCGGGUCAAAGCUAAUUCAGGUACUAUGCUCGAACUUGACAUUUUGGGAGUCAAGUUUGAUCUUCAAUAUUGCGCUGCGUCUUCAGUUGUUGAAAACUAUCCCAGUAUCAUGAAUUAUCCAACCUCGCACCCGAGCUUUUCCUUACCGGUUCAGACCUUGGCAAAGCUGAAACCUGCACGAGAUAUGUUUUAUAUUCAACGCUCCGUGCCCGACCUCGCCCAAUUUCGAGUUGCAUUCCUGUUUAUAAAGGCAUGGGCAAUCACUCAUGGACUAUACGGAGCCAAGUUUGGCUUACUCGGAGGCAUUCAUCUCGCCGUUCUCCUUGUACCGAUUUGCAAGGAGCUGGCCCAGUCCACUACCCAUUUUUCGACAGCAGACAUUGUGACUACCUUCUUCGACCAUUAUGAUUCGUUUGAUUGGGCCAAACAACUGGUUUACGACGGAUUCUUUCAUAAAGAUCUCAAGUAUCAUCGUAUCUCACGUGAGCCGAUUUGCCUACUCGGAUGGCAUGCACCGGCUCUCAAUACUACGAUGGCGUUCUCACAACCCACUGUGAAGACCAUUGCGACCGAGAUCUCAAAGACAAGAGCGCUGUUAUCAAUAGGUGAUGCAAGUUGGUUUAAGAUACUAGACUUGGACCUGGAACAUUCAAUUGAGACUCAAGAGAGUGGUCUCAAUAGCUUCCUCGCGUCUCAUCGACGAUUUUUGAAGAUUGACGCCAGAUACUGGGGGGCUUCACCCUCCAGAGGACGCAAAUUCUUCGGCUGGCUUGAAUCCAGAUGCGUGUCUUUGCUUGUCGAUCUAAAUAGAAAGGCCCCGGACGUAGUGCCACGGAUUUGGCCAGCUCGCUUCAGAGAUGGCGCCGAAGGCGACGUUCCUAACACUACGGAAUGCAACGCAUACUAUCUCAUUGGUCUUUCUUUAGCAGAUGCAGUGGAUCUUGGCAAAACUAAAGACGACACGCGGAAAGUUGAAGCCUCGGUUACAACGGCAAUGCAGGAUUUCGAGUCUCGUAUGAGGAAUGACGACAAAUACUACGACAAAGAAAAUUGCUGGAUGGCAACAUCGAUCGUUAAGUCAUCCCAAAUCGGCAGCAUUGUGGUUGAUACCACUAGCGUUAUCGGAGGUGAUAAUAGUGACAGUGAUGUCUCUGACGAUGAGGAGGAGGCCAAUGAUGAGGAAUAUGAAGAAGCUAUGCUAGCACAUUUGAAGAAAGGAAAAACUAUACCUUCUAUCGUUCCGAAACCAGAAGGUAUGGGCAAAUUCCGCUCAGCUGCUGAUGUCCUCAAUCGCAUUCGCUGGGACAUGACCAUCGACCAGGCUGACUACAUUGUCGGAUUUGAGGAUCGAUUCGUUGGAGCCCAAGAGAAGGCUUUAACACAAUGGAAAACAGAGCAAACAGACGAAGAAUUCAUCCCCCAGCAUAGAAUUCUCUACUUCAAACAGAAGAGCACAUCGGAGAUUAUGUGGGAACGCAGAACCCGCAUUGACAAGAUCUUCGGUAGCGGUAUUCCGUCAUAG